GCGCUCUGCGGCGACGCGCACGGAAGGGAAGUGGAAAGGCGGAAGAAAGGACGUUGAAUAAACUUGCCAACUUCUAGCUGACUGGCUAGAAAUACAUUUAGAUACAAUGUUACAGAAGAACUGGUUACUUAUUUCCACACAGAUUUAGAUAGCUAACCCACCGGCCCGUCUACACCAGUCACCGCUCGCUCUACUCGCCGCACGACACGAGCACGGGACUCCAGCAGUUUUCAAACAGACGGUGCACUUGCUCAGCCGACCUGAAGCCAACCACCGCCACAAAGUUACAUUUAGCUGCUGUCAGAGUGCUGGGACAACCACUCAUUUCUGCCAGCGUGACACACAACCAGCUCGCGUGUUUUUUCUCCUCGUGGGAAAAGUUGUCCGCGGUUGGUGGUGGUUGAGGAGCCGCCGAGGCCUGCGGUUCAGGAGGCUGCAUGUGUGAAGACUGUUGCUGGCGAGGAGUGACUCACACAGCGUUAGCUAAACACACAGAAACAUGUCGGCCCAGGCGCAGAUGCGAGCGAUGCUGGACCAGCUCAUGGGGACGGGGAGAGACGGAGAUACCAUGCGGCAGAGAAUAAAAUUCACAGAUGAGAGAGUCUGCAAAAGCCACCUCCUGGAUUCAUGUCCUCAUGACAUUUUGUCUGGCACCAGAAUGGAUCUGGGAGAGUGCAUGAAAGUCCAUGACUUGGCCCUCAGAGCAGACUACGAGAUCGCCUCUAAGGAACAGGAGUACUUCUUCGAACUUGAUGCUGCUGAACACCUUCAGUCUUUCAUCGCUGACUGCGACCGCAGGACUGAGCUGGCCAAGAAGAGACUAGCAGAGACGCAGGAUGAGAUCAGCGCUGAAGUGGCCGCAAAGGCUGAACGUGUCCAUGAGCUGAACGAAGAGAUCGGGAAGAUGCUGGCUCGGGCGGAGCAACUUGGGGGUGAGGGGAAUGUAGAUGAGGCCCAGCAACUACUAGAAAUGGUGGAGAAGACUCGGGGCUUAAAGAAAGAAGCAGAGGAUGUGUACAGAAACUCAAUGCCAGCCUCCAGCUUUCAACAACAAAAACUACGGGUGUGCGAGGUGUGCUCUGCCUACUUGGGUCUUCACGACAACGACCGUCGUCUAGCUGACCACUUUGGGGGCAAACUGCACCUCGGCUUCAUUGAAAUCCGCGAGAAGCUUGAAAAGCUUAGGAAAGCAGUUAUAGAGAAGCAAGAAAGAAUGCGAAUGAGAAGACGAGAGGAACGUGAAAGAGAAGACGAAAGAGAGCGACAGUGGGAGUUGGAGCGGGAGCGAGAAAGGGAGCGGGAACGAGAACGGGAAAGAGAGCGAGAAUGGGAGAGAGAACGAGAAAGGGAGAGGGAGCGUAGGAGGUCGAGAUCCAGAAGUGGAGAACGAUAUGCGAGGGACGGAGGCACUUCAUCCUCCCACCGUUCAAGACGUCACCGCGCUUCUCGUUCCAGAGAAGAAGGCGGCGAUCGGGAUCGGGAGAGAGAGAGGAAACAUCGACACAAGGACAGGCAUCGCUCACGCUCCCACUCUCACAGGCGCAAAAGAAAGAGGUCCUCCAGAGACAGAUCAUCUCACACCCGCGACAGAGAACCCUCGCCAUCCCAGGAGAGGUGUAGAGAGGGCGCAGCAGGAGAGGGGUGGCGUGAGGACAGAGCGGAGUGCGGAGAGUGGGAGGACAGGGAGAGGUCCCCGUCCUCGAACACAGCCAGGGGCAGGGAACGGGAGAGAUCCCUGUCGCUGGAGCGGGACAGACGCUCCAGCUCCGAGGAGCGAGAGUCCGGCGAGAUAUGAACAGGAGUGGACACCUCCAAAGUCUUUGAUUUGGAUAUAUUCAUUAGUCGAAGGAGCAUGGAGAGCUGAGAGUGUGUCGGUGGGAAUGUGUGUGUGUGUGUGUCGGCUUUGUAUGUGUGUUCAUGUUUAAAGAGGGACAUGUACAUUAGCAGGGGGUGAAUGGUGGGAAGGUAAGAUGGGGAUGAGGGAACAACCUCUGUGGUGGCGGUAAAGGAAAACAUGCAAAAUCAACUUUAAUAAGACUGAAUUGAGAGGCUAGCGUGACCUGGAAGCAGUACAGUCAUUUUUUAUUAAUGCCAUCUUGUUGAUCUCAUGUACAGUUCUUUUAGAAGUGAUGAGCGAGCAAGGAGACAGCUGCCCUACUUUGUCUGUUUUUUAUUUUACUCACAUGAAGUGCUGUUAUUUUUUUUAUCAUUAGUUGGACCUUUAAUGUCGAUGCAGUUCUUCUCGUUCCAUUAGGAAUCAAUCGGUUUCAGUUGCUGCGGAUUCAUUUACACCGGUUGGGCUCACUGGUGUGGCAUCCCUCACAGUAAUGUUUGAAAUGAGCUGUGAAUGACUGAAGGCACUUCUAAUGUUUUAUUUGCUGCCUUUAAGCCAUAACAAUCUGAUCUGGGAAAUCCGAUUCGCAUCCCCGAGCCUGCCUUUGAUUCAGGAUGCAGUGAUGAAGUUACACUUUGAAAGUACACUCACUCGCCCCCCGAAAGAAGUCAUCCAGAUAUCUCCACUCAGCUCCUGACAUGCCAUACAGACCACGUGCAUAUUUACAUACUGAUUCGUAAAGGCCCAGGGACUUUUUUGUCCUGUUUGCUGUGAUUCAACCUGGAUGUACUGCGGGAAUGUACUUUGCUGUGCCACCAUUAAGUGAAUAAAAUUUUCUGCUUCUAUUCAAA